UAAAAUAUUGUCCUCUACCACCUCCCAUUAAAAAAAUAAUAGAAAAGGAAAAAAGGAAUGAGCUGGAAGGAGCAUCUUAGGAAUCAGUGUGCAGAUAUUGAUAUAGAUAUAGUUUAAGUGAAAAUCAAGAGAAACCCAAAUAUGAAGAUCACAUAAUAUCUUUGACAAUCCUUUUCUUUGAUCUUAUUUUUAUCAUUUUGCCAAGAAAAUUUUCAGGAUCUUUCCCUUCUCAAUCACAGUUUUAAAUAUACACCACCCAAUUACUUUCUUUCGAAGUUUUAUUAUAAUCUACGGUAACUUCUUUCUCCCUAUAUAUUGUGAACGUGAAAUUUCUUCGGAUUUUAAAUUUGAGUGAAGGAAAUGGAGAUGUUUGCUUCAUCAUCAAUUUCAAGGGGAAUGGAUGAAGUUCUUGCAUGUGAUGAACCACAUGUGCUAGCAGUGGAUGACAAUCUUAUUGAUCGUAAACUUGUUGAGAGAUUACUCAAGAAGUCAUCUUGCAAAGUAACUACUGCAGAAGAUGGUCUGAGGGCUUUGGAGUACUUGGGCUUGGGAGCGCAUCAGGACAGCUCUACAAACAGCAAUGGUUCAAAGGUUAAUAUGAUAAUAACAGAUUAUUGCAUGCCAGGAAUGACAGGUUAUGAGCUGCUUAAGAAAAUCAAGGAAUCGUCGAUCAUGAAGGAUGUGCCAGUUGUGAUAGUGUCAUCCGAGAAUAUCCCAACUCGAAUUAAUCAAUGCAUGGAAGAAGGAGCUCAAAUAUUCAUGCUGAAGCCUCUGAAACACUCCGAUGUCGAAAGGCUGAGAUACCAAAUAAUGCAAUGUUGAGGAUAGAGUGACUCUUCUCAUCUCCUGGAAGAAAAGAAAGAGAGACUUUACUAUAUAUUCACAUUCCCUUCUUGGCCACCUUAACACAAAAGCGGUGGAGCCAAAUUCGACAUGACUAAUUCAUUGUACGAUAGCCUAGUAUGACUUUUCAUCCUCUAAACUGAAUUUAAGUUAUAAAUCAAGCAGUGUAAA